GUCUCCUUUGAUCACAUUGUUUUCAUCUCUCCAGCCAUUUGGUAGUGCGACAGGACAAAAUUACAAGUGAAAAAUGUGCUUAAAAUUAAUUGUGAUUUUCAUGUUGAGUUGUGAUAUAUUUGUUGAAAGUUUAAAAGCCGGCUCGCCCGGAGUGUGUGUUGUUAAAUCAAGUGCGCGCAAGACACGAGUAAAGCCGAUACAAGUCGCUAUUAACAAAUGGUGUGGGAAGAAGAAAUGUGUCGUGAGAAGGACUAAGUUAGAGACAUACGUAGCGUUGAGGACACAAACCGUAUGCUGCAGCGGUUGGCAAUAUAACGAAAACAACUCCUGUGCACCCUUCUGCAGUACCGGCUGCAAUGGCGGCCGCUGCACUGCUCCCGACACCUGCACUUGUGAUCCUCCAGCUGUCAGCCACCCUGAGCACAAGAACACUUGUAUAACCCCUCAAUGUAACCCUCCCUGUGUUAAUGGCCAGUGUAUCAAUGAUACAUGUGUUUGCCAAGAUAACUAUGAGAAGUUAAACGAAACUCAUUGUUACCACUGUGAGUCAGGGUUCAGUUUAGCAGCAAAUUUUACAUGUGUGAAGUGCCAGUGUGAGAAUGGUAGCUGUGUUAAUAAUACUUGCGUUUGUGAUACGGGUUUUGUCUUGAAGGACAAUCAUUGUGAACCCAUUUGUGAAGGCUGCAACGGAAGAUGUAUACGCCCAAACGUUUGCCGAUGCCAUGACGGGUAUACAUAUGCAAAAGGCAAGUGUGAGCCAAUUUGUAAUAACUGUAACGGAACAUGUGUUGGCCCCAAUGUGUGCCAAUGUUUUGAUGGGUAUAUCAAUGUGGGAGGCCGAUGCGUACCUCAGUGUAGUUGUGAAAAGUGUCUAGCCCCAAAUGUAUGUAAUUGUUCCGAUGGUUAUAGAAGCGAUAAUGGAACUUGUGUGCCUAUAUGUACCGAGUGCGUCAAUGGAUAUUGUUCAGCCCCCGAUAUAUGUUCGUGUAACGAAGGAUUUAUGAAGAGUAGUGACGGUGUGUGCCAGGCGUGCUCAGAAGUUUGUACUUGCAAUGCUAAUGGGGAGUGCCUUGAGGAAAUAUGUCAAUUGUAUGGGAAAAGAGUUAGUAAAACAGUAUGUUGCUUAGGAUAUACAUAUGAUAGUAGCAGUAAUUCCUGCCGUGCAAAAUGCGAUAAAGGCUGUAACAAUGGAACGUGUGUCACACCAAACAACUGCGUCUGCCCGCCACCUUUAGUCCUUCUCAAUGGGAAAGAAUGCGUUAGUCCUAUUUGCGACCAACCCUGUACCCAUGGACAAUGUACUGCACGGAAUGUCUGUACUUGCGACAUUGGGUAUGCUCCCGUCGAUCAGUUUACAUGCAAACCAGUUUGUGACCCAGCUUGUGAAAAUGGAAGAUGUGUCGCUCCAAAUACAUGCACCUGUUCCGUCGGUUACACAUUAAUCAACAAAACUUGCCAACCUGUAUGUGACGAAUGUGAUAAUGGCGAAUGUGUCGCUCCAAACCUUUGUAAAUGUAAUCCAGGAUAUACGAAACAAAACAGCAUCUGCCUGCCUGAUUGCCAGCGUCCUUGCGUAAAUGGAUUUUGCUCUGGACCUGAUAAGUGCACCUGUACUGCCGGCUUUGCUGUUGAUCCAGUGGAUAGAUUUAAUUGCCAGCCCAUCUGCGAAACACCGUGCAUCAACGCUUCCUGCGUUUCUCCCGGCACGUGUUCUUGUAUCUUUGGAUAUUUGCCGCUUAAUGAUACUAUCUGUACACCAAAAUGUGACGACUGUAUACACGGAGAUUGCGUAGCUCCAAACGAAUGUAGAUGUCAUAUAGGCUAUGUUUUAGAGAGCGGUAAGUGUGUGCCGAAAUGUGACGGUUGUAAUAAUGGCCGUUGCACAGCUCCGAACACCUGUGUUUGUGAUGAAGGAUACACCCUUUCUAAUGGUACUUGCAAGCCAGUAUGCAAUCCGGAAUGUGUUAAUGCAAUGUGUGUUGGACCAAAUCAAUGCAGGUGUUUUGAAGGUUUCCGAAGUAGCAAUAGUUCAACUUGUGAAAGGCACUGUGAUAACUGUGAACAUGGAAAAUGCUUGGAAGGGAAUUAUUGCUUUUGCAACGAGGGUUACAGUUUGGUGAAUGGGGUCUGCACUCCAAGCUGUUCUUUGCCUUGCGUAAAUGCAAGAUGUGCGGCACCAAAUACAUGCGAAUGUCUGAAAGGCUUUAAACGAAAUGAGACAUCACCUAAUAACUGUUUCAAAGCCUGCAUCUGUGAUAACGGGAGAUGUAUAGACAAUAAAUGUAUUUGUGAUGAGGGCUACGAGAUGUCGGAUGGCAAUUGCACUGAGAUUAGGCCAGUGGAAUGUAAAACUUGCGAGGGAGAGUGUUCAGAUGGCAUAUGUUGGUGCAAGAAUGGCAAGCCAUGUUACCAAUUGGAAGAACCAGCUGAAGUUGGAACUCCUACAAAAUUGGCAGGUCUGGAGUUGGGUUGGCUCCUUGGUGGAGGUGUGGGGUUGGCAUUACUGACAUUGGUAAUAAUAGUGAUGGGUCACAUUUGGCGAAAGCGACGAGAAUACGGCGUAAAGGAAACUGAAACAGGUGGCCAGGAAAUCGGCAGCGUUGUAUACACGGUACCCGAUACGUUGCUAACGAGACGACCGGGAAGUAUCGUAAACGUCUAUGGCGAAAACGAAGAUGACAACGAAGGUGUGAACGAACCUUUACGACCGACGGACGACGCUUUAUAGUACUAGUAUUAGGGUUUAAUAGAAAUAGUAUUAAUUUUAUUCUUAAUUAUGAAAGUGCUAAUUGCAUUUGUUACUAAUGGAAUAUGUGUUCAACGUCUUACAUAUCUCAGAGUCACUUAUUAAGGGUUAACGAUUAAUUAAGAAGUUCAAUAUUAUUGGAUGCCAAAGUUUUCUACUGUUAUAUGCUCUCUUACACCUGUCAUUAAAUGGUCGUUUAAAUGAACCGAUCUUUGGCCAUUAUUUUUAGCGAACUUACAAGAUUUAUAAUUUUUUGAAAUUUUAAGCCAGGCGAGGCAGUAGUCAAAACUCCAAAUUUAUUGCACAAAUCAUUGGUUAGAUUAUAUUAUAAAAAAGUGUCCCAAUCUGUGAUGACUCUGAGUAACGCUGUAAGGUAGUUGGACGGUUUAUUCUUGAAAAAUUAAAUUUUAUACUUACUUGGGGCGCACUAAUGCUGUUCUGUAACUUCUUUAUUUACUGUUCAGUUAUGAACCUUAACCAUUAAUUACUUAAUGUCUUCGGAUCUUAAGCAAAGUAUGUGUCCUUUAAUAGAACAUAGGUCUUACACAAUUUUAUUGAUUAUUUUUGUUAUAAGCAAAUAGGCAUUUCAUUAGAACAAUUCUUUUGCAUUGAUAUUUUAAUAAAAAAUAAGAAUUACAUUUUCGCCAGGACCAUUCCUUGCGUUUAUAAUUAUUAAGUAAUUCUAUAUAAAACAUUUUUUUUAUCGAACGACAUCACAACGCUUUCAAAAGGUGUUGUUGAUAUAUACAUAUACAAUAUGUUAGGGAGUCGUAGCUGCACAAAUCUUCAUUUAUACUAAAACAAUAGACGUUUAAUAAUACUUUUAAAAUUUCACUGUAUAAUAAAUUUGUUUUAUUAUAUUAUAUAUAAUACUAGCAGACUCGGCCAAGCGUUUCUGUGGCUAGUGUUUGGUUUAUGUUAUAUAACAUAGUAGUAAACUAUUCAAGGGAAGCUCAUGUGAAACAUUGAUACCUUUAACGCAGCGCCAUCUGUUCAUCAAAUAAUAAACAAAAUAUAUUUGCAAUAAAAUAAUAUUGCGGGUAUAAAUUGCGAUGUAAGUUAUCUUAUUAUUUAAGUUAGAUAAAACUGCACACGGUGUGCAAAUUUGAUUGAUAUCGGUUCGGUUGUUUAGGAUUCCAUAGCGGACAAACAACGUGACACGUAAUUUAAUAAUAUUUGAACAUAUCGACAACACCCGCUAAGUUGUAAUAUUAUAUAUAUAAGGAUAUGCCCAGUUCAUCAUGCUUAAAUAAUAACUAGGAAUAUCCGUUCUCGUGUUAGAGUGAUAAUCUAACUUUGUUUGGCAAAAUAUACUUAGCAUCUCAUACGCAACACAUAGACUCAUAAAUGAGAAGUACAAAUCAAGUACAAACAAAAAUUUUGCCAAAUACAGUUACGUAGGACGUUUUUCAGUCCUCAUUUUCAUAUGUUUACUUUUGUGGAAUUAAGAAUCAUAUUUCAUAACGAUAGUUUUAAUAUUAUUUAAUGCUAAAAUUAAGGAAUGCUAUUAAAUAGCCAGUGUACAUAAAAUAGGAAUAAAGAUAAUUUUUAAAAUUA